AUGGCACCGAUCAAAAUAGGCUUGAUCGGUCUUUCCGCCGAAGGCUCCUGGGCAUCCAGUUCACAUCUGCCAGCGCUCCUCAAGUCGCCUCAUUACCAGAUCACGGCUCUCCAGAACAGCACUGAAGCUUCAGCAAGAAAGGCUGUCGAGAAAUACAAUCUGCCAGGACAGGUUGCCUGCUAUGGCGACGUGGAUUCCCUCGUACGCGACCCGAACGUCGAUAUGGUGGUGGUUUCAGUCAAGACCCCCGAGCACUACAGGCUCACUAAGCCUGCGCUUGAAGCCAAGAAAGAUGUCUUCGUCGAGUGGCCACUGGGGGCGAAUCUGAAGCAGGCGGAGGAGCUGACGGCUCUAGCAAAGGCAAAAGGUGUCAAGCACAUGAUCGGACUUCAGGGUCGUCAGAAUCCCAGUGUACUAAAGGCGAAGGAAAUGGUUGCUGCAGGCAAGCUGGGUGAUAUCUUGGGAACAACGAUGUUCGCUUAUGGAGUGAUCAUGGGGCCAGUGACUCCGGUCGCACUGGAAUAUGAGCUGACCUUCGAAAACGGUGCAACUCUGGCAACCAUACCGACCAUGCAUGGAACAGAUGCACUUUGCUUUGUACUUGGGGAAUUCAAACAUCUCCAGGCCACGCUGGCCAACCAUCGACCAAAAAUGCCAAUCGUCGAUCCGACGUCCGGAAAAGUCCUCAGGACUGUCGACAACGACACCCCGGAUCAGGUGAGUAUAACUGGGACUCUGUUGAACGGAGCUGUAGCAACCAUCGUGUACCAAGGAGGGCAGUCGCCCACCGAGAAGGGUCUGUACUGGGAGAUUAGGGGAACCAAAGGCAGCCUGAUUAUCGAGGGGCCUAAUGGCCUUCUCGAGAUGUUCCCUACCACACUGAAAUUUGUCGGGCAAGGUGGACAACCAGAGGAGAUUGAGACCGAAGUCGCUGCAGACUGGGCGUACAAUGUCGACAAGGCCUGGGAUGCGUUUGUAAGUAGAGGGUUGGGGACCGUGCCCACUUUUGAAGACGCUUUGGUUCGACAUAGGAUGAUCGAUGCCAUACAUAGGAGCCACGAGAAAGGGACCCGGGAGGCAUAUCUCUGA